CUCUUUCUCCUCUAUGAGUGUGUCUAUGUAUAAAUCUCCUGCAACAUCUCCCCACCUCUGAACGCCGGAAAGAUAGUGAUGAAGGUGAAGGGAAAGCUUUGGGAAGCUCUCGGCUCACUCAAAGACUAUUACACCAAUAAUAGAGCUAUGAUCUCCAAUCAAAAGAUCCUAUCCGACAUAGAGGCUGCCAUCAUUCGUUGCACCAGCCACCAUGACGUGCCCAUCGAUGAGAAGUAUGUGCAUGAAAUUCUCUUCAUAGUCUCAAAUGCUCCUGGGUCGAUCACCUUCCUUGCUAGAAGGAUGUCGACGAAGAUUGAGACCACGCGAGACCCAGUGGUAGCUCUCAAGACCCUUGUCCUACUCCAUCGUCUCCUUCGUGGGGGUGACCGCUACUUUGAGCAGGAUCUACGCAACUUGUGGUAUUCCAGAGACCUCCGUCUGGAUUUAUCAUGGUGUGCAGGAGCUCCAGAUGGUUCCCACACUUUUCUCCUCGACUACUCGUUGUUCCUUGAAGAAAGAUUGGGAUGGAUCAUAAACCAAGCUGGUAUGCUGGAGCCAAUUAGGCCAUCGCGCUCCAACUUCCAAUCUUAUGAAGAGGAGGCAGAUGAAUUGGUCUUGCAUAGAUUGUUGAAAGGCCAAUUGUUUCUCGACCGGGUCAUGGCUUGUUUGCGGGUUCACAAUUCACGUAUGAACUGUACGACACAAUCAGCUCUCAACAUAAUCCUGAGAGAGAGCUUCCGAGUCUAUGAAAGCUUCUGUGAAGGGGUAGAAACUGUGCUGAGUUCCUUCUUUGAUCUUAAGAAAUCCAUGAGAGUCUUAGCUCUUGACAUCCUUAAAAAAGCAUGCAGCCAAACCCCCCAACUUCAUGAAUUCUAUGAUAACUGCAAGAGAAGCAUAGUGGGCAAGAACUUGGACUACCCUUUUGUUCGAAUUAUAACAGCUGCACAGAUUUCAUCGAUGGAAGAGUUCUUGCCCACUGAGCACAAUAAAACAGCUUCGGUUGCCUCUGAGGAUACCAAGUUGACGAGAAGGAUCAGAGAAGGGGAGAGUAUGGUACAAGAAGCCAAAGUGGAAGAGAUGAACGAAGCCUCAAGUACUUUAUUUUCUAAGAAACUGGAGACAAAGAUAAGCACUGUGUGGGUUGAAUUCGAUGAAGAAGACUCACAAACUUCUACCUUCUUUCUCCCAGGGCUUGACGAUCGGUUAGCAGGGGUUGCUGACGAUUUGCUAACCGAAGGGGAGAGUUCGACAACAGGGCAAGCCAUGCAUUUACUAUAACCUCAUCGAUUCUUCCCCUGCGGUUCAAAUGGGGUUUUCUGUUUGAGGAGUGGGAGAUUAGGUUAAUGGCUCCCUAAGAAUGGUUUCCUGUUUCUCUUUGGCUUGUUUAGUUUACAGGCUAUGGUGUCUUCCGAAGGUAAAUCUGGUUUUUGUUUAA